AUGGAGACGGACUACGUCAAGGCACAGAUUUCGGGGCAGAAGGGAGAGGUGCGCCGGGGGAAGUGCCCCACGACGGGCCCCGAGUACCACCUCUUCGCCGUGUUCGACGGCCACAAUGGCGACGCCGCCUCAACCUUCGCCCAGUCCAGCCUGGUCCCGGUGCUGGAGGCCUACCUCCCCGUCCCCGAGAUGGUGGAGGGUGUGGACGGCGCCGCGGCCUGGGCCGGCGCGGUGCAGGAGGCCAUGGUGAAGACGCUGCUGGAGAUCGACCGUCGCUUCGCGGCCCGCGGGGCGACGGGGGGCACCACCGCCACCCUGGUCCUCCAGAUUGGCCAGCUGGUGACCUGCGCGUCGGUGGGCAACUCGCGCGCGGUGCUGGACACGGGCGCGGGGCGCGUGGCGCUGACGCGCGAGCACGUGGUGGCCAGCAACCCCGAUGAGCGCGAGCGCCUGCUGGCCGCGGGGUGCACCCUGGCGCGGCUGGACGUCGCCGGCGGCGGCCCCGCCGUCAUCUCCUCGCGCGGCACAGGCCCGCUCCGCGUCUGGCCAGGCGGCGUCACGCUAUCGCGCUCCCUGGGCGACUUCAGCGUGGGCCCCGCCCUCCUGGCUGUGCCACAUGUGGUGGCGGUCAUGCUGCCCCCCGCCGGCGGCCGCAUCGUGCUCGCCUCCGACGCCGUGUGGAAAGCCGGCGUCGAUGCAGUGCUGGCCGCUGCGGCCGCCGCGCCGGCCAAGACCGCCGCGCAUGCCGUGCUCAAGGCGCUCGGGCCGCGCCUGCGCGGCGAUGCCUCGGUGGUCGACGACCCCCAGCCCAUCUGGUACGAGGACUGCGUGGCGGAGGACCUGCACCAGGCCAGGGCGGACGCGUGGCGGAUCUGGCCCGCUGCGCGCGCCAUGGCGCUGAGCAACCCGGCGCUGGCCUCCCUGCGCCCCUCCCGCUCCAUCGGCACGCUGUCGGAGCUGCCGGGGGAGUCGACGGACGGCGGGGCCAGCGACGCGCUGGGUGCCGGUCCCGGCGGCGCCUCCAGCGACGAGACCCUGGCCUCGCCCCUGGCCUCCAAGCGCGUCAGCUUCGCGGCGGGGGAGCGCAACCCUCUGCGCCGCACCUCCUCCGAGGCCGUGCUGGCGGGCUCCACGCCGCCCAGCAGCUGGCUGGGCGGCCUGUCCGACGCCGACGCGGGCAACGGGCGCGGCGGCGAUGCGCCCGCGCCCCUCGGUGGCGGCGGCCAGGGUUCGGGCAGCGCCGGCAUGGCCUCCAUGCGCAGCCUGAGCCUGCCCCUGGCCGCGGGGCGGCCGCCGCGGCCCGCCGGCGCCCAAGGGCCGCCGGCGUACUCGGGGCCCGACUUCACCGCGCUCAUCGGCAGCCCCACCACGCGCUGGCGGGACAGCUACAGCUCCACCGCCUCGGUCUUCACCAAGCGCGGCGCGGCGCGCGAGCGCGACCGCCUUCGGUGA